UCGAGCUGCUUGUUGCGUUCACGGCAGAGGCGCGUGAGCGUGGUGGGAAAUGCGAGCAAGAUGGCGGCGUUGAAGGAGGAGCAGUGCUACGGACUGUCCUGUGGAAGAGUGAGCAAUGGCAGCAACAUCUCCGUCUAUCACGUCAAGCUGACUGACAGCGCACUGCGAGCGUUUGAAGACUACCAGAGCAACAAGGGCCUGACUGCUAAACCACUUAUAGGAUUCACAGGAAACCAAGGGAAAAUCUCAAUACCGCAGUCAGAGAAUCCAAAUGAGCUGCGAACGUUUACGUUCUACCUGUCCAAUGUGGGGAAGGACAAUCCCCAGGGCAGCUUCGACUGCAUUCAGCAGUAUAUUACAAGUGAAGGGAGCAUACAGCUGGACUGCCUGGGAGGGAUCCAGGACAAAAUCACGGUGUGCGCCACAGACGACUCCUACCAGAAAGCCAGGCAAAACAUGGCUCAGGCCGAGGAGGAAACCCGCAGCCGUGGAGCCAUCGUCAUCAAGCCCGGCGGGAGAUACGUGGGUAAGCGUGUACAAAUCCGGAAGCCGAUAACGGGUGUGUCGGAUGUGGCGCCGUCGCGGCGGACUUCACGGCCGGUCAUCAUCUCCAGCAGUCAGAAGAAGAGCCCGCUGCGGCCGCUGAGGGAACGGCUGGUGCAUUUACUGGCCCUAAAACCCUACCGCAAACCCGAACUCCUGGUGCGGCUCACCAAGGACGGCCUGUCUCCUCAGGACAAGGAGACGCUGGACAGCCUCCUGCAACAGGUGGCUAACCUGAAUAGUAAGGACAGCACCUUCACAUUGAAGGAUUGUUUGUUUAAGGAAGUUCAGAAGGACUGGCCUGGUUAUACUGAGGUGGACCAGCAGAUUCUGAAGAGAAUUCUUGUACGAAAACUGUGUAAGCCUCAGAGCAGUGGCCCUGUGUCUGGGGAGAGUCCGGUCAGCCCGCACAAAGAGCCAGCCAGCAGCUCGCCCUCUCAGAAACGACCUGCAGAGUUCAUCGAUCCCCUGGCCAAUAAGAAACCCAGAAUAUCGCAUCUAGCCAGCAAGUCUACGGGGCUCAUUAACGGCAAACUGAGCUCGUCCAAUGGGAGAGACUCUUCUAGUUCUCAAUCAGCAGAGAUGUCGUCGAGCUCCCACUUCCCUCCGUUGGAGAUCCCCCGACCCUUCGAACCCCUUUCGGACGUCAGCAACGACUCCAACGGCCGAGACUGUGAAAGUCAGGAGGCGGCGGUGGCGGAGAGACUGAGUCAGCCCCCAUCGUUCGCCCCUCGCUCCACAAUGCUAGAGGAAGGGCUGAGCUCCACGUCCCCGGCCCACAGCAGCCUGGACGGGUCUCAGACCCAGAGCGCUCAACCCUCCCUGCAUGGCAAGUCUAAGAAGAAGUCCAAAAAACACAAGGACAAAGACAAGUCCAAAGAGAAAGAUGGGGACCGAGAGCGGGACAUGAAGAAGAGGAGAGUUGAAGACCAUGGCUUGGAUCAGUGGAAACCCUGUGACAUCACGAGCGAUAGGAGCCCAGGUCUGAACGGAACAUGCAACAGCUCCAGUAUUCCUGCGUCUUCGUCGGCAGACUAUUUAUUAAAGUACACCGUGAUAAGCUCGCAAGAGCAGCGUCAGAGUUACAAAAACGACUUCAACGCAGAGUACAGCGAGUACCGGGGCCUCCACGCACGGAUAGAGAGCAUCACCCGACAGUUCACUAUACUCGACACCGAGCUCAAACAACUCCAGCAAGGCACAGACAAGUAUAAGACAAUCCACAAUCAGAUACUUGAAGAGUAUCGCAAAAUCAAAAAGGCUAAUCCAAACUAUAGCCAAGAGAAGAACCGCUGUGAAUACCUACACAACAAACUGGCACAUAUAAAAAAACUGAUAGCAGAAUAUGAUCAACAGCAACUGCAAAACUGGCACUAAUAACAAUCUCUCAAUUUCUUUCUCAAUCUUUCUGUCUCUUUUGAGAGAGAGAAUCUCUGGAUUAUUUUUUUGUUUUUCUUGACUUGCUCUAAUGUAAAAUGCCACGAAACUGAUUUCUUUUUUUUCCCCGUAGUGGGCCAAGUGCUCUAGUGAGGACAAUGCAGACCCAUGAAUUUAGUUUUUUAUGGGACUCGGGACAUGGGCGUACUCAGCCAUGCUUACCUGUGUAGCCUAAUGCAUUAUGGGAUUGGUUGCCAGCUUCCUUCCCUUCUCAAAGGUCUCCAAGUGUGAAAGGAAAAACUGUUCUUUGGAGAUCUUUUCCGAACAGGGGAUAACCAACACCCAUUCCCAGAAUCUCAUAGUUUAAGGUUUAGAAAAAAAUUUAAUGGAUAUUUUUUUCUGUAUGUACUAAAAUGGAAGGUCCUAUAUUUUCUUUUCUUUUAUAUUUAUUUUAGUCUUCCAUAGGGAUACAUCAGGCACUAUUUGGCUCCUUAUUUUGUGCAAUGCGCUAGACCACGUGCGAUGGACAUGAAUCGGAUGCCUAUGGGAAGGAGAUAACCAUCUGUUUAGAGGCUUUGACAGUAUCAGUAUUACCAUGGUAGAGCGCCAUACGAAUGAACUUGCCAUUCCAGUGGUGAGGGAGCGCUUCGGUGUUGGCACAUUUUUACAAUAUUUUACGCUUUUAACUGAAAAAAUAUGACUUUAUCACAACCCGAAUCAUGAAUCAGGUGUGGUUGUACAAAAAAACGCAGCAAAUCUUGUAAAAUUGUGCCUCAGGUGAGCCGUUUGUCGUCCUUCAGGUAUCUACAGUAAUCCAGUAUUGCUAGUUACGAGUGUGACGGUAACAUCACAUUUGCGGCCAAACUUCCUUGGUAUUCUUCCAGAAAAUAGCGAUUGUAUCCCUUUAACGCAGCCUUGAGGGGCUGGUUGGUGAAGAAGACGCGAAAAUGGUAGAAACGCAACCUUGGCUAACUGUCUGAACCCUUUAGCAAUUCAAUGCUUGCUUGAAUACUGAGUAUUUGUGGUGGGGUUGACCAUUUCUGACAGUAUUUUCGUUACGAGAUGACUGUUAAAUUCCAUCAAGGCAUCUCAUCGUGGAGGAUCCAUGACAAACCUCUGACGUGCUCCUCACGUUACCUGUGGACGCUCGACCACAAGUUGCUCAUCUGUCGUGUCCUGUUGAAGCAUCAGUUGUACUUCUGAUAUCUGAACUCUUACGUUUAAAUAUUAAAAUUCAGCACUUUGCUCAGCUUCUUGCUGUUACUCUUACCUGGGUUUUGUUGCAAGGAGACACUUGCCUUGUCUGUCUGUGUAUGCAUGCUUUCUGACUGUUGAAGACACAAAAAAAGGGUUAAAGCCAGUGUUUACAGCGGGUUUACGCUGCUGUUUAAUAUUCAGAAGACAAAUAUUUAUCAAAUUGCCCCGAAUUUACCUGGCCAGCAUUGGUUCAGUGUUGCAAUUGCAAAAAUGUAAAUAAAGUCAAAUUUGACUCUUACGAAUUAACUGAGAAUAAUUCUCAAUCACAAAUUUACCACAUGAAACACAAUGAUUAUUUGUUUUUUUUUCAGAACUGAUCAUGAUCUGCUUUUUGGUCUUUUUGUGUUACCUGCAAAAACGGUCCGAAAAUGAUGCACAAAUUCAACGACGAAUACAAAUGACGUUUGUUUGGAUUUGAAAAUGCUACGAUACUUUGAAAAAAUUGAGACAACUGGGGGGGGGGGAAAUGUGCCAAAUGACCUGUUGUAUAGGUUUGGAUCGGAUGAAAUAUGUUGCUGUUUUAGCAAAAAGAAAAAGAAAG